AUGGCAACCGCAAACCACGCUGCAUGGUUCCGUCACGUAAAAUCGCCGCUCGAGGUCGGGCCCGCGGACGUCGGCAAGCCUGGUGCCAACGAAGUUCUCGUCCAGAAUCGAGCUGUCGCCAUGAACCCCGUGGACUGGAAGAUACAGCACGGCGCUUUCCCCGCGGGGUCGUUGCCCCGGAUUCUCGGCCAGGACGUCUCUGGCGACAUUGUCGAGGUUGGCGAAGGUGUCACGCAGUUUCGGAAAGGCCAGAGAGUGCUCGCCCACGCGGUCGGGCUGGCUACCAAUGAGGCCAGGCAUGGCGGGUUCCAGGAGUACACGGUCGUCCCGACGGUGGGGUGUUGCGUGAUUCCGCACGGGAUGAAAUACGAAGAGGCCUGUGUUCUGCCGCUGGCCAUUUCGACUGCCAGUAUCGGCCUAUUCCAUCAGGAGAGAUUGGCUUUAAUGUCUCCCGUGGACGCGGCGGAGAAAGGCCACCCUGAGAAGGAGGCAAUCCUCGUCUGGGGAGGCAGUUCGAGCAUCGGGGCUGCCGCGAUCCAGCUGGCCGUGGCGGCAAAGUAUCGCGUUAUAGCAACGGCGUCCCCGCAGAACUUUGACCUGUGCAAGAGCCUGGGGGCGAGCGAGGUGUUUGACCGCUCUAGUCUAGGUAUCGUGGGUGACUUGACGGCGGCAUUGCAGAAGUAUACCUGUCGAGGAGCAUUUGAUGCUAUUGCGACGAGAGAUACACAGUUGAACGUCGCGCAGGUCCUUGCCCAGCUCGGAGGAGGGAGGAUUGCGGUGGCACUACCUCCCAUCGAGGAACUCCCUGCAACUGUACAGGUGAACGGCAUCUUUGCCGUGUCUAUUCUGCAGCAAGAUAAGGCGCUUGGAAAAGCGAUAUACGCCGAUUUCUUACCGCGGGCACUCGAGCAGGGUCUGAUCAAACCGGCCCCGCCGUCGGAUGUGGUCGGCCACGGUGUUGAGCACAUUCAAGGGGCGCUUGAGAAGUUGCGAGCUGGGGUAUCGGGGUCGAAGGUGGUGGUAACGCUGGGGAGUAGGUGA